AGUCAAAAAUACUAAGUACCCAUCUUGUGGAUCUCUUUUUGCUCUGCUCGCUCUUGGAGGAGGGAAAAAGUAUUAAUCAAGUCUUAAAUGAACUUUAAAGGAUCAUUUGCUGCUAAUCCCACAGAUGUGAUUUGGAUGAAGUGGAAUAUCUCAGAUUGUGUGGCAGACUAAGUCCUUCCACGUGCGUAAAUGUGAAGGUGUUUGGGCGUAAAGAGGCUUAAGUCAAGUCUACGUGGGCUGAUCUCUGCUCUCUCCUCCUUUCUCCCAGCGAGCCUCUCCAAGAAUCUGUCCGGACUCCUCCUCUUUAUGAUAAUGUGACAGUAGCAUCUCCUCUUGGAGACGAGCUCCGCUCAUUCCGAUUAUGUGAUCCGUUUGCUCGAAAGACUCCAUGCGCACUCCACCACACUCUCCAGGCGCACGCGUGUCUUACUUUCUCCACUAGUUGAAGUUUUUGUUUUUUUGACUUCUUAAAACAGUUGUCCGACAUGACCACGAUGGCCACCCCGGCGACCCCGACUCUGCUCCCCGCCGCUCCCCUCGGACACCACCCGGCACCGAGCUCCGUCUCCCCGGCUACAAACUCUCCGCCACCUGCGGCCACCUCCGCCGCCUCCUCCCCGGCUCCUCCGGUGCUGCUCCACCACCAGUUCCGCGCGGACCUCUUACUGCACAACGGGAAGAGCGGCGGCGGCGUGGCGCCGGCGUCCGGCAGCGCUAAGCCGGUGUACGCCACCGCGUCCCCGGUGGAGAGCACGCCGCAGAACAACGAGUGCAAGCUGGUGGAGGUGAAGGGCGCCAAGCUGGCCUCGUUCACGGUGAAGGACCGGGAGCUCAUCUGCCUGCCGCAAGCCUUCGACGUCUUCCUCAAGCACCUGGUCGGCGGGCUGCACACCGUCUACACCAAACUGAAGCGGCUGGACAUCACCCCGGUGGUGUGCAACGUGGAGCAGGUCCGCGUGCUGCGGGGGCUCGGGGCCAUCCAGCCCGGAGUCAACCGCUGCAAACUCAUCUCCAGGCAGGACUUUGAGACGCUCUACAACGACUGUACCAACGCCAGUUCAAGGCCUGGACGACCGCCCAAGAGGCUGCAGUGCGCCACCGAGGGCGGGACUCACCACAUGCUGCCCCACAGUGGUCUGAUGCAUGCUGGGAUCAUGCCUCCUGCAGAUCUCUCUGCCCUGGCCAAAAAGAUCAAGCUGGAAGCAAUAGCCAGUUACCACAGCAACCAGCAACAUGGCGCUACAAACGGUGAGAAUGGUGACCACAACCCUGGACUGGGAACGAGUGCAGGGCAGCCCCUCUCCUGCUCCUUCCCUGGAGGAAGCUCAGAUGUCAUCAAAUCACAGCAGCAGUUCAAGUUCGCCGUCGCACACAGAACGGACCGCAGAAUCCACACAUUCCCUUCAUGACGUCCUGUCGUCCAGUCACAGCAUGUUGGGACACCCUCCCGGGCUGAUGCAGGCACCAAAGGAGACGGAUGUGACUUCAGUGGAAUACAACAAGGAGAACAAGAGGAGCCACUCUGACAGGGAUAACAGCUACUUGGCUGCACAGACUACCAGGGAGAGCUGUGACAGACAAGUCGACCAAAAGCCCCCAUCGGGCAAGGAGAGCUGCGAGAGGGUAUCUUACCCUGCAGGACAGAAGCUCUCAGCAGGUCUCCACCACACUCCCUUCAUCUUCCCGGAAGGCUUGUCCUCCAUAGAGACCCUGCUUACAAACAUCCAGGGCCUGCUGAGGGUCGCCAUAGAGAACGCCCGGGCGCAGGAGAAGCAGGACCAGCUGGAGAGAACGGAACUGAAGAUGGAGCUUGUCCGAGAGAGGGAGCUCCGGGAGACCCUGGAAAGACAGUUGAGCAUGGAGCAGAAAAAUAGAGUUCUGAUUCAAAAGCGUCUGAAAAAAGAAAAGAGAAGCAAGAGGAGACUUCAAGAAGCCUUGGAGGAAGAGGUCAAGCUGCGCGACCAGGCCGAGCACAGUCUGCUGCAUACUGCCAACACUCACUUAGCGCUUCCUCACACAGAAGCUGUGACCCAGGACGGGGAUGGGAGCAGCCACGACGACAGCAGGCUGGACAGCAAGGCGACAGUACAAGAGGGAAGAGUGUUCCUUCAGACCACCGGACUGUUCUGAAGAGGACGAGGCGAAGCGAUGGAUGAAUGAUAAAUGAAAAGAGCGCGAGGAAGACUCUUCAAUUAUGACCAAUACAGCUGACGGACUCGCUCAGACCCGCCCACGGCGGCACGUGGGACACAAUUCUCCAGCUUCCUCCUCAUUUCAAGGGUGACACCUGAACUUUAAUCAUUGUUCUCUUCUUAAUUUAUUGCAUUUACCUUCAAAUCCCAACUGGAAGAGUAUUUUAUUCUGAUGUUGUGUUUGGCUGUGUUUUCUUUUUAAUCAAGGUUUAUCGUUACUAGAUAAUGAAGAUCAUAGUUGUUUGUUGUCAGUGCGUUUUUUUUGGACACAGGUGAUGAAAAUAACUUGUAACAGAGAUGUGUACAUAAACAUAGUGAUGACUUUUAUUAUUAUUAUUAUGGGAAAAAAAGACAAAACUAACGGCAUGUUGUACAUUCAGUUAAUGAACUCUAUUGUGUAUGUUAUGCAGUAGUGCAGUUUGACAAUACAGACAAUACAGAUCAUUUUUUCUUAAA